AUUUCCAAAUGUUGAACCAUUGAAUAAUAGCCUGUACCAGGUGACACAAUUUAGAACAAAAAUCACUCGUCACUUUCGUGUCAUGUGCGUUGCCACUUACAGUAAAGAGAGAUACAGAAUAUGGAAUAUAUUUCAUGAGUAAAGAUCAUUAUCUGUUGAUAGAGAUCGAUUAAAUGGCUGAAUAUUUGUCUGAAACAACUUCUUGUUCUGAGAAUGAAUAUUUAAGUGAUGGAGCUGAGGAUUUGUCAUAUGGUGACCUGACAGCCAUACCAGAAUAUUUAUUUGAUCGUUCGAAGUCAAUCAGAGCAUUGUGCCUACACCAUAACAAUAUAGAAGUGUUGCCUAAGUCUAUAAAUGUGUUUGCUAACCUGAUCACUUUGGAUAUUAGCAACAACAACUGUCACAAACUAGAUGAUGCUGUGGUUAAUUUAAAACAAUUAAGAACUUUGAUAGCCAAGAACAACGACUUAGAAUGUAAAACUAUACCAAAGGAUUUUAGUAAAUUACGAUCUCUAGAGGUGCUGAACUUUUCUGCCAAUUCAUUUACAGAGUUACCUCCACAGUUUACUGAACUACCUCGAUUGAAAGCAUUAUACUUAGGUGGCAAUGCCAUCUCAUCCAUUACAUCGUUGAUUAGGGAUAUGUCUAGGUUAGAAAUUCUUUAUAUGGGUGGAAACAGACUUACAGACAUUCCAGCCGAGAUAGGACAACUAUAUAACCUGACAUCUUUAGUCCUGUGUGAUAACCAACUCCAAAGUCUUCCACCUACCUUAGUCAACCUUCAUCGUUUGAAGUCUUUGAGUCUUCACAACAACAAAUUAUCUACCCUUCCUUCAGAAAUUGUAGCACUUAAUUUAAUAGAAUUAAGUCUAAGAAACAAUCCAUUAGUUGUAAAAUUCGUUCAGGAUUUAACCUAUGAAGUGCCUUCUCUGCUAGAACUUUCUGCUAGAGUUGUUAAGAUUGAAAAAGUCAAAUAUAACCAAGAGGAUCUGCCGAAAAACCUACUCAAUUAUCUGGAUUCCUGUCGGAGAUGUGUUAAUCCUGAAUGCAAAGGUGUAUACUUUGCUUCCAGAGUGGAAAAUGUGAAAUUUGUUGACUUUUGUGGGAAGUACAGACUCCCGUUACUUCAGUAUUUGUGCUCACCAAAGUGUCGAACCUCGCCAUAUGUACCAAACAGUGACACAGACACAGAUGAUGAGGAUACAGCUAGAGCCAAGCUCAAGAAAGUAUUGCUGGGUUGAUGGCCACAACCAAGAGAGUAUGACUGGGCUGAUUCUAUGGAGAUUUCUUGUUGUGAUUCUCAAUGCCAAAAGAAGAUUUAGUGUAUUAACAACAAACCAUUGAGACUAUUUGAGUGUAUUUUGUUUUGAAGUGCACCUAAAACUUUUAGCUCGCUAUCCUAUAAACCAUUUAUACACUACAUAUCCACAUUGUUAUAUUUAUUAGAACAUUUAUUUUAAAACAAAACGGUAUAUGAAGUGCUACAUUUUAUUAAUAGUUGAAAUAGUGCUUAGAAUUAUUAUUUAUUCUUGAGAUACAUCUCUCAGCAGUAAAAGACCAGUAAUAAAAUGACAAUAGAUUCUGUAAAAGAAAACAUUAUAAUUUUCUAGCCUUUUUGUCUGUUUAAUAGAACUGGUUCACAGACUUCCAAUUUCUUUAUUUUACAUAAAACACUCACCAAUGUCCCUGAUGUGUAAAAGUUGCUUCUGUUUUCGUUUCGAUAUAGAGCAAUUCUAAGUUGUCAAGAGGAAUUUCAAAGAAGUCAUCUUCUUUCUUUUGGAAAAAUGAUAUUCAUGUACACUUUCUACUAGAUUUAUUUUGUAUGAUUGUUUUUUUAUCAUGUUUCAAUGUACAUGAUGUAUGGAUAGUUAUAAUAGGAAUAUGGAAGAUUUUAAAGUAGAAUAUAUGUCAAUGAGACAGCAACCCAUCAUCACAAAAAACCAAAAGACAUCUUUAAAUCAACAUUCAGCAAUAAAAACAUGUGUCUACAGAAUUUUUUAUUGACUAUAUCGCCCUAGUCUAUACAAGUUGAAAAUACAGCUAUUCACUUUUUUACUGUAUGGAUCAAAGCAGUUAGAAGUAAACAUGCUCUGUAGACACUUGUCCAUUGUUGGAGACCUUAUGUUGACCUCUAGUCCUCUAGAUGUUUAUUUAUUUUUGUGUCACAUUGAUAUUUACCUCAUUGUACCAACUAUUAUUUAUUUAUUUUUUUAUUUUUUUUUAAUUGGUAGUCAAAUCUAUAUUGGUAAAGUCAUAUCAUAUUUGCUAUUCAUCUUGUUUAGAACUAGUCUUAUACUCUUUGUAUACAAAUUCGAAGGUCUCAAACAUUUAAGACAAUGGUAUUAAGGGAUAAAAAAAGCUCAGGUUUUUUGUCGAGCCUUCGACUUUAGUUGAAAAAGCGAGACUAAGCGAUCCUACAUUCCGUCAUCGUCUGUGUCGGCGGCGGCGUCAACAAAUAAUCACUCUGUGGUUAAAGUUUUUGAAAUUUUAAUAACUUUCUUAAUCUAUACUGGAUUUCUACCAAACUUUGACAGAAGCUUGUUUAUGAUCAUAAGAUAGUAUUCAGAAGUAAAUUUUGUAAAAAAAAAAUCCAUUUUUUCCGUAUUUUACUAUAAAUGGACUUAGUUUUUUCUGCUGGGAAACAAAACAUUCACUCUGUGGUUAAAGUUUUUAGAAUUUUUAAAAUAACUUUCUCCAACUAUCCUGGCUUUGUACCAAACUUGGACAGAAGCUUGUUUAUGAUCAUAAGAUAGUAUUCAGAAGUAAAUUUUGUAAAUUGAUAAAUCCAUUUUUUCCAUAUUUUACUUUUAAAUGGACGUAGUUUUUCUGCGGGAACCAUUACAUUCACUCUGUGGUUAAAGUUUUUAAAUUUUAAUAACUUUCUUAAACUAUCCUGGGUUUGUACCAAACUUUGACAGAAGCUUAUUUAUGAUCAUAAGAUUGUAUCCAGUAGUAAAGUUUGUAAAAAAAUACUCAGUUUUUUCUGUAAUUUACUUUUAAAUGGACUUAGAUUUUCUUACAAUCAUAAAAUAGUAACAAGAGGAAUAUUUUAUUGAUUUUCUCCUCAUUGUUGUUGAGCCUGCGAUUUACAGCAAAAAUAGGCGAGACACUGGGUUCCGCCGAACCCUUACAAAUUUUUUUACCAAUUUAUCUGUUAUGAUUUGUUUUCAUCUCUUAGUAUAUGUAGUAUUGUAAGUCAGACAUUUUCAUACUAUUAUUCUUGCAGUUGUUGAUCAAAUGCAAUUGAUGAAAUAAUGUGAGACUUGUUUUUAUGAUUCCGGGAAAUGCUUGAUACAAAAAAUGAUACCAAAUUUUACUGUCCAUUUUUUCAAAACAUACCCCCUAUUAUAAUAUCUCAAUGAUAAAAACAUCUAGAUAUUAACUAAAUAAACAGUAUUCAUAUUUGUUUUCCGGUUAUUGAUAAAUUCAUUAACAAAAACAUAUCAAGGCUCAAUAUUGGCAUUGUCAUUUAUUUAUUAUACUACUUUGAUCCAAGUCAACUGUACAUUUUGUCCUCAGCUUGUACCUUAUUUAUGAAAUAUUUGUUUAUUCAAUCACAAAAUUAACUUUUAUAUAAUCAUGGCAAGGGUUUUUAAUUUUUUGGGGUAUAAGAAAGACCUGAUUUGUUUUUGCUUUAAAGAAAAGAAUAUUUAUAGUUAUGCUUUCAUUACUCCUUUUAAUUCCCCCCAGCUUAAAAAAGUCAUUAUCCCUAAAAUACAAAAAAACUAUCGAUCAGCUACCAUCGAACUUUGACUGUGUUACAAAAAUUUGUGACACAUCAAAAAGGUUGUAAAAAUAAAAUGCUAAAAAUACCCAAUUGGGACCUUUCUUGAUUUUCCCUCCGAGUUCAGUAUUUUUGUGAUUUUAAUUUUACCAAAAUAUCUUAUAAUAGCCAAUAGCUGCUGAUUAGGAAAAAUAGUUAUGAAAAUAAAUUAUGAAACAUAACCUCUGUAAAUGCUCUUUAAAAUAACUUUCUACUUUGUUUUUGUCAUCAUUCAAAUAACCAAUUGUAUCUUCAUCCAGUUUUGGAGACAAAAAUUGAACUACACUGAUUAAAACUUCAACUUUUAUGUUUUCUUCAUAAAAUUUUUGAGUAGAGAUUUUGAUUUGAUUACAAUAAUCCAUUAGAUGUUUUUUUUAAUGGAAAGUUAAUUUUGAAUAUUUGAUUUUACAUGUUAUAAUAUGUAUGUUUACCUUUUACAAUAUUAAAUAAAAUACCAUUCUAUUA